CGAGGUUUAGUGGGAGUGAAAUAAUGCAGCUGUUGGCAUCACUGGUGUUCCUCACUCGAAUUUCGUUCUUUGCUGGACAGUCGUACGUAGACCCAACGACGCUACGGGGUCAUCUUCAACCUCUUGGAUCUCAAGGUCCUCAACAUCCGGUCACCACACUUUCCCAUUUUCCUGAUCCAGAAACAUUCCAUAUGAGUUAUACUAGGAGAUCUAGGCCGCUAUUAGUGAAAGGAGCCGCAAAAGAGUCACCGGCGUUUUCUCUCUGGACUGAUGACUAUUUCUUGACUAGAGAAGAGUCUGAUCACGUGACGGUAACUGUAGAGUAUGGAAAGAAAGAGAAUCGGUCACAGUUAGGUAGCACGUAUACUAUGAAGUCUUUCAUUGAAGCGUACAAGUCAAGAGAUAUAUAUCUUGUAACCGGAGUACCAAGAUAUAUAAUGCCAGAUAUAUUGCUACCAUCUGCAUUGCUGUGUGGUGGCUUUCAAAACCAACUCAUUGAUGGUGUGAUGUGGUUUAGCAGUGGAGGAACAAAAUCUGUUCUACACAAUGAUGAUGUUGACAACAUUAACUGCUUGUUUUCUGGUGUCAAAGAACUUUUUUUUGUUGAAUACCCCAAGUACAAAGAGCAAGUCAACCUUGAUCAUACGUCUGGAUCUUAUUCAUCUGUUGAUGUGGACAGUGUGGAUUUGUCAAAAUAUCCUGGAUUUAAAGAUGUUGAAUUCUACUUUGCACGAAUGGAAGCUGGUGAUUGUCUGUAUAUUCCUUACAAAUGGUAUCAUCAGGUGCGUUCAUAUGAUCGUAAUAUUGCUGUGAAUGUGUGGUGGAAUCCACUGAUAGAGUUCAACACAUCUGACUGUGACUCAAAAGAUGCUAAAGUUGAAGGUUUUCCUACAUUUGACAAGUAUAAGUUUGCAGUCUUAGACAGUGAGAACGGCGAUGAAGACAAUGAAGUUGGACCGUCUCCAUCUGUUGACAUAAAGAACUAUUUCCAUUCUUUAAUGAAAAAAGAUCAUUCGAUGACACUGCUCCAGUUGAUAGAAAAACUACAGCAGGACAAACUCGUAAUUUCUCCAGGUUUGAAAUGGGUGCCAAGGAUGAAUGAAUUAUCUAAGAAGAUAUUUGUUCUGCUGGAUGUUGAUCUAGACAGCUUGAUCACAGAAGAAGACUUUAAUGCAAUAGAUGAUAAGAAGGUCAUCCUUCAUGUCUCUCAAUUUGUUAUGACGAAUGGAAAGCCUCCUGUAGGGUACGACAACACGCAUGAUUGACUUCAAUACUUUCUCGACAAAGGACACUUGUCUGGUAGAUAUUGA